AUGCCCGAGUGCAUUGCUCGAAUGGCACCAGCCGCCAGCUGCCGAGAAGUGAGAUACAUGAGUGCCAAAAUCUAUAUCGGGUGUAUAUGCGAGAGGAGAAAGGACACCAAGUUUUGUGCCUCCCUGCGCAGGCUGCUGGGCAGCCGCAAAUUCACGAUGCUCAUGAUCUGCAUCAUCUCCAUCAACGCCGUCUCCCUGGCCCUGGAGACCAGCCACCGCUCCCGGUUGUGCCGGGGUACCUUUUUCGAGGUCACAGAUGCUUUCUGCAUCGCUAUUCACACCACCGAGCUUUUGCUGAAGCUGUACGUGGAUCCCAUUGCCUACUGGAAGAGCAGCUACAACAUCUUGGAUGCCGCCAUCCUCCUCGUUGCCUUCCUCCCGCAUGCCUCGCCCGCAGACACCGCCGCGUGCACCCACCUGGAGGGGACGACCGAAGGUCUCCAGACCCUCCGCAUACUCAAGCCCAUCAAGCGCGGCAGCGGGAUGAGGGUUUUCACAGAGACUCUUGGCCAGACGGUGCAGACAGUGAUGUAUGCCCUCAUCCUGCUGUGCCUGCUGAUGUGUGUGUUUGCCGUUUUGGGACAUGGAUGGUAUGGAGAUCCAAAAACCGGAGACAUUGAAAACUGGGGCAGCUUGAAGGCUGCCCUCUUCACGCUCUUCAGUUUAGUAACCGUUGAUGGUUGGACAGACUUACAGCGCAAGAUGGAUCAUUAUGGGUUUAUGAGCAGCCACGUGUUCAUAGUCGUGUUCAUCUUGCUGGGCCACUUCAUCUUCUUCAGUAUUUUGAUUGCACUUGUGAUUACCAAAACCCAGCUAUCGGCUACCAGCCCCGAGGUGGUCCCGCUUAACACCUCUGGCUGCUGCACGGGGCUGGAGCUGGACCAGGGGUUUUUUGAAGCCCAAGUCUUCUUGACCGAUCUCGUGACCCACCAGCUGAGUGGUGCUCGGGGCCUCACUCGCAUCCCUGCGGUUUGGUGUUGGCAGGACUUGACUCAGAAGCACGAACAGGACUGCAAAGCAGCGAAGAAGGCUGCUGUUUGGGCCAAGAGACAGAAGAUCCUGAAAAAGCGGGGGAAGAACGUGAGCAACCAAGUCACGCUCGAGCAGCACAAAAUCGCUCAAGGUGAAGGUUUCAGUGAGCUGCUGGAUGACAUCAAAAAGACUUUGCGCCUCUCUGAUGUCAUCACUAUGGAGGGUUUUUGUUUCACCAUCCCAUUUAUUCAUCUGUAUUUGCCGUUCCUGGACCUCCAGGAUGACACACUGAACAGGUUGCAACAUCACUAUUACAAACGUACUGGCAUAUUGAUGGAGAUUGUGGAAGUCACGAAAGAAAAAUCUCUGCCAGAUCAUGAGAAGACGAAAAGUUAA